AUCAGCAAAAAUAAGGAAGUCACAGCCUCACAGGCUCCAAGUCAGAGAGAAACUGAAGUAGCAUCAGCGAGCAAUCAUGGCGGCCACUAGAGCGAUAACCAUAGCCAGCAACUCUACGUGCACUUUGCUUUCAAAAGCCCCAUUUUUGCAGAGGCAAAAACCCUUUGUUGAUAGCCUUUGCCUCAAGAACCUUAAGCUUCGUUGUCCAUCUCCCAAGAGGUCUUACACCUGCCGGGCUAUCUACAAACCCGAGGUUCAGGUCAAGGAGGAAGGCCAGCCUGAAACAUUAGAUUAUAGAGUUUUCUUCGUUGAUAAAUCUGGGAAGAAGGUUUCUCCCUGGCAUGACAUUCCAUUGCAGUUAGGUACUGAUGUCUUUAACUUCAUUGUUGAAAUACCAAAAGAAUCUAGUGCGAAGAUGGAGGUUGCUACUGACGAGCCAUUCACUCCUAUUAAGCAGGAUACAAAAAAGGGAAAGCUUCGAUAUUAUCCCUAUAACAUAAAUUGGAACUAUGGCUUGCUUCCACAAACAUGGGAAGACCCAUCUCAUGCAAAUUCUGAAGUUGAAGGUGCAUUUGGAGAUAAUGAUCCUGUUGAUGUGGUUGAGAUUGGUGAAAGCCGGAGGAAAAUAGGUGAGGUUCUCAAGGUGAAACCCUUGGCUGCUUUGGCGAUGAUUGAUGAAGGAGAACUUGAUUGGAAAAUAGUUGCAAUUUCAUUGGAUGAUCCAAUGGCUUCCCUUGUGAAUGAUGUUGAUGAUGUUGAGAAGCAUUUUCCAGGCACGCUCACUGCAAUUAGGGACUGGUUCAGAGACUACAAGAUACCUGAUGGAAAACCUGCUAAUAAAUUUGGGCUGGGCAACAAGCCAGCAAAUAAGGCUUAUGCUCUAAAGGUCAUCGCGGAAACCAACGAUUCUUGGAACAAACUUAUCAAGAGAUCCAUUCCUGCAGGUGAGCUAUCACUUGUGUAAGAUGAUGAAUUGGCAUUUGAUGGAGUCGUCAUUGCUGGUGCUGCUACUGCUUUCAUUCUUUGGAACUCUGUUCCCCAUGUUAUGAUUUCACCAACUCUUCUUCUGUUGAACUUUCUGGAUAUAUCUAUCUGUUUUAUUUUAUUAUAUCAGUGCUUUUUUGGUCCUAGUUUUUAGUUCCAUGUAUAUAUAAUCUUAUCCAUGUUUUGUCAUGGAGCGUUGGACAAUUUUUUCCCCAUAUCAUUUUUCAUUCUCUUGGGAUGGAAACUAGAUGGUGCUAAUCUGAAAUUGCUGAUUAAACUUCUUAGC